ACAUGCAUAUCCAAAAACCCAAAAUGGACACAAGAACAAGCAAAGCGCUCUGCAAAUUGCCACAGAACCUCACAUCUUGCAGCUUCCUUUUCUCCCCACGUAGCACCCAUACCCCCUUCGUUUGCUUUUCAUCUCCAAAUCAACCUUACAAUAGAUACUCGGAUCCAUUCAAUCACUUCCUUCAAUAUUCUCAAACAUAUAAUCUAAAAACCCUGAGAGUGCGCCAUUCCAAUGGCUACCGAGUUCCAACACAACCAAAGCAGUAACGGACACGACCAUCAAAACGGUGAUCACGACAUCGACGGUGAUGAUCAGUUCGGGUACCUGAUCGUUCGGCCGGAGAAGGGUGGCUUCUGGGACCUGGCCAAGUACACAGUGUUGGGGGACAUAAGGAGUGGGGUUCGGUUUCUGGAGGGCUCCGAUGAGCAGGUGUUGGGCGGCGUUGCGGAGGGGCAGAGAUGGGUGAUAGUGGUUUCUAUCAUUGUUCGGAAGAUUAUAGCUCUUUUUGGGAAGCCUAUGGAGUGGACUGGCUACGUGGUCGACUUCAUCCUCAACCUCCUCUCUCUCAAUGGAAACCUUCUUGGCUUACUUUCCAAUGUUGUUCAUGGGACGGUGAUGGUGCCGGAGAGGGGGACGGAGACUUUCAUUAGUACAAUUGGUCAAUUAGAUGGGAGGAUAAAUCUGUACAGAGGUGAAACUUUAGCAGAAGAUAUUGUUGGUUCUGUUUAUUCUGAAGAAAUAAGCAUGAAAUCAGAACUAGGGAACAGGGCUCUUAUGGACCUCUGUAUCAUGGCUUCCAAGUUAGCAUACGAGAAUGCCAAAGUCAUACGAGAAAUCAUCGUCGAUCAUUGGAAGAUGCAUUUUGUGGAAUUCUAUGAUUGCUGGAAUGAUUUCCAGAAGCAGAUGUCCACCCAAGUGUUCAUACUUUGUGACAAACCUAAAGAUGCAAAUCUCAUUUUGGUAAGUUUCCGGGGGACAGAACCUUUUGAUGCUGAUGAUUGGAGUACUGAUUUUGAUUACUCUUGGUAUGAAAUUCCACAAUUGGGUAAAGUACAUAUGGGAUUCUUGGAAGCCAUAGGCUUGGGCAACAGAACCAAUGCUGCAACCUUCUACGAUCAAAUUCUAGUUUACAAUCAACUUCAAGAGAAACAGAAGCUCACCCCUCAAAAAGCUUUUGUGGUUAGCGGAAGGCCUUCAGAAGGUAUUGCAGCACUAUCCUCCAAUGGCUUGGAGAGAGUUCCACCAGAUAUGGUAGAGAAGAGCGCAUACUAUGCUGUAAGAAAAAAGCUUAAGAGCUUAUUAAAGGAGCACAAAAAUGCAAAAUUUGUUGUUACAGGGCAUAGUCUAGGCGGGGCGCUUGCGAUCUUGUUCCCUUGCGUGCUGGUGUUACAUGAGGAGAUGGAGUUGAUGGAUAAGUUGUUGGGUGUAUAUACAUUUGGACAGCCAAGGAUAGGGAAUAGGCAGCUGGGGAGGUACAUGGAAGCCCACCUGAAUAAUCCGGUCCAGAAGUACUUCAGGGUUGUCUACUCCAACGAUCUUGUUCCCAGGUUGCCUUAUGAUAACAGAACCUUCCUGUUUAAACAUUUCGGGGUCUGCCUUUACUACGACAGCCUAUACAAUGAACACGUAACUACGGAGGAGCCAAACAGAAAUUUCCUUGGACUGAUUUUUCUGAUACCAUCGUGCCUGACUGCGGCUUGGGAGCUAUUAAGAAGUUUGACAAUGGGGUACACAUAUGGACCAGAGUACAAAGAAGGUUGGUUUUCCAUUCUGCUACGGAUCAUAGGACUUGUUCUUCCUGGUAUCUCUGCACAUUCCCCUACAAAUUAUGUAAACUCGGUGAGGCUUGGAAAGGAACGACGGCUUGACCAAAGUUAUCAGUAGAUUGGUAGUAGAAAGUUAAAUGUAUAGCGAAGGAGGCUUCGUAGUGUGAUCAGAACGUAAUGAUGGUAGUAGUACUUUAUCAUCUUGUUUUAGACGAAGGUGAUAUGAAAGUACGAUGUGCAAAUAAAACGAAAAUAAUUUAGAACACUGAGGACUUAAUGUCUUUAAUGAGUCAUGAAAACUUCAUAGCC